AUGAAAGUAAUUUUUCUGCUGUUUAACCCUUGGGGACUUAAAGGGUUAAAAUUGAAAUAUGACAUUUCAAAAUUCAUGAAAUUGAUAAAAAUGAUUUGUGGUCUAUUAGUAAAACAAUCUAUUGAUUCAUCUGUAUUGAUUCGUGCUCUAUCUCUUUGUUAUAUAUUUUUAAUUGGUUAUUUUGUGGCAUUCUAUUAUUAUCCAUUAUAUAGUCCAUUAGGUUUAUUUACAAUUUUUCUUGCCAUAUUUCAUUUAAGUGAAUAUAUAGCCGUUGCUCUAUGGUCAAAAGAAACAUUAACAUUAGAAUCAUUCUUAUUAAAUCAUUCUAUUGAAUAUCAUGCAGCUAUUGCCAGUUCAUAUGUUGAAUAUAUUCUUGAAAUAAAACUAUUUUCAAUAGAAUUAAAAUUUAGUCAAUUAGCUUUUAUUAUUCGUCUUGUUGGUUUAUUAAUGAUAUUUAGUGGUGAAUUUUUACGUAAAUUAUCGAUUUAUACGGCACAUAAAUAUUUUUCUCAUUUAAUUAAGUCAAAUGUUAAACGUGAAGAACAUCGAUUAAUUACAUAUGGUAUCUAUAAUUAUUUUCGUCAUCCAUCUUAUGUUGGCUGGUAUUUUUGGGCAGUUGGUACACAAAUUUAUUUAUGUAAUCCAAUUUGUACAAUUAUUUAUAUUAUAGCAGCAUGGCAUUUUUUUAAUCAACGAAUUAAAUAUGAAGAAUAUACAUUGAUAAGAUGUUUUGGAUAUGAUUAUAUCAAUUAUCAAGAACGUGUACCCGUUGGCAUACCAUUUAUUCGUGGUUUUGAUUUUAAACAUAAUAGGCUUUUCAUUAUUAUUAUUAUUGAUUAUGGCGUUGCUUCAAGGAAUUCGAGAGUGGUACUAUUAGCUUUUCUAGCAUCAAUUGGAUUUACAUUCCUCAUCUUGGGUUGUGCCCUAUCAGGAUAUAAUUGGUGGGGUACAUUUGUGAUUAUUUUUUAUGUUCUUUGUCCAAUACCAUUGUCGAUUGGUCGACAAUGUGCGAAUAAUUAUGAUAGAGAAUCGUCUCCCUGCAUGGAUUUAAUGUGGUUUUUAACAACUAUUAUAAUCGUAUCAGCAUUUGGUUUACCAGCUGUAUUAUGUAGAACACAAGUGGUAGGUGUCUAG